AGAAAUUCAGUAUUGAAAAAGAUGGCUGACAGGCAUCGAAAUUGUCAACUAUAAUGCUGCUUUUCUUUAGCUAUGUAUUUGACAGCUAUCGGAAUUUUAAGUUCUUUUAUGUCCCUUUACAGAAGGUGUGACUGUUGUGCAAUUGAUUUUAAGAAUAUUUUUAAAAUGAAAGGCGUUUUUUCUUUUUAGUCUCAUAGAAAGUACAGAGCACCACGACACGGCUCUCUGGGUUUCUUGCCCCGUAAGAGGUGCAAGCACCACAAUGGCAGAAUAAAAUCCUUCCCCAAAGAUGACCCAACUCUUCCUCCUCAUUUGACUGCAUUUGUGGGUUUUAAGGCUGGUAUGACCCACAUUGUGAGAGAAGUCGAAAAACCAGGAUCAAGUAUGUAUCAGCUAAAUAGAUUGUGUUGAUCUUUAUGGGCUCAUGUCUAACUAUGAGUUCCUUGGAACAACACUGUAUAGCACCAAGUGAAUUUAGAAAGCUUUGCAAAUGAGCGAAAGUUGCACUUCAUAGUGUGAUAGAGAACAGGCUGUCAUUUUAAUUGACCACUCCAGAAAAUACUAUAACAUACCAUACUGCGCCCCAAAAUUUUGUAUAAGCAUUGUUUUCAGUUUCUCUUGGGGCCAUUUUAACUCCCAAGAGAAACAGAAGACAAUGCUUAUGCAAAAUUUUGGGGUGACAAACAAAGAGCGUUGUGGUAUGUUAUGGUAUUUUCUGGAGUGGUCAAUUGAAGUUCAGACUUGGUUACCAAGUCUUGGUUAACGAGUGACCCAGUUAUUCUCAUCAAGUACUACAGUGCAUUUUGAAAUGGAAUAAUUCCCCAACCAUUGACCUAUUUAUAUACAAAUACCCUUUCACUGAAAUAACAUUAAUCUGUGUAGAGGACAGAAUGACAUUCCACAAGUGAUGACCAAACUAUUUAAAAAGUUGGAUUGUAAUGUUGAAAAGAAUGUUUUAUUGAUGUGUCCCAAAUUGGUUUUGAUAGCAAAUCACUUAACAUAGCUAAGGACAAAAGGAGUAAGCAAACAAGAAAUUAAAAUUUGAUUACCUCUUGCUCAACAGAGAUUCACAAAAAGGAAGUGGUGGAAGCUGUAACAAUCGUUGAAACACCACCUAUGAUGGUUGUUGGUGUUGUGGGGUAUAUUGAAACCCCACGAGGCCUACGUGUCCUCAAGACUGUCUGGGCUGAACAUCUUAGUGAAGAGUGCAAGCGCCGCUUUUACAAAAACUGGUAUGUUUUGAUUUGUUAUUUAAACCUAUUUUCCCUUAAUUCCAUUUUAACAGAAUUACAGCUGCAAACGAAUCAAUGUUUCAAUAAAAUCAAGGUCAGAUUCUUACAUGUAGGUAAAUUAUUGUACCACACUUUGCUGUGGAAUCAGAGUGUGGAAUCAGAAAAAAGUGGUAAAUCCUCCUAUAAAUUGAGCCCUUUCACUCCUAUUCGUGGCCAGAGAAAAAAUUAAGUAUUGUUGGAAUGUGUUUUGAGUGCUAUGGAAAAGUUCUGUUAAAGAGGUUAUAUUGAGUCGCAAUCCAGUUGUGACAGGGCUUAGUCAUUGAGGCUUGCAAGAGUAUUCUUUUAAGAAUUAAGAUGACUUUUUUUAGUUACAGAAUCUGUGUAUCACUAAGAAACUGCUUUUCAGUAAAAUAUGUUAAACUGGCAGUAAAGUAUUGUUCAAAUUACACCUCUUAUUACCUUUUUGUCAUUGAUGUGUUGUGUGGUGCAGUUCUAACCAGUGUUGCCCACGUGAUAGUGCCUAUUCUCCGCUCGGCUUGUCCUUGCCGAUGAGAACUGGCUCCCCUAUUCUCUCUUCUGUUUCAUCAACCAUGCAAAUGCUGGUUUGUACAUAAAGGUGCAAGUCUAAGAAGAAGGCCUUCUCUAAAGCUUCCAAGCGAUGGGCAGAUGAGGAUGGCAAGAGACAAAUUGAGAAUGACUUCAACACAAUGAAGAAGUACUGCAAGGUUAUCCGUGUCAUUUGCCACACACAGGUAAGACAUGACAAAAGUCAUGUUUCUGUUAAAGAUAGGAAUCUACUUGUAAGAUUAACAGUCCACAUACUUAUAGAUAUCCACAGGCAGCCUCUCCACAGGGCUCUGUAAGUACCCCAUGGGAACAUUCAGGUGAGGGUGCCAGGUUUAGCAGUUCGGGAGUAUGCCAGUUUUGGAAGAAGCGAAAACAAUGGUCUACGUCACCAACCAUAACAUGAUCACCAUGGCGAUGGUCAUUUUCAAAACAUACAAAAUGGCGGACAAGGGAGAGGAAAGAGUAUUGACAGAAAUUCUCGUUUAUUCUUGUUUCAUCGAGCUUUUUAAUUUGUCUUCUCCUUACUAUGAAUUGGGAAGUACCUUGAGGACAAGGAGUAACCAUUCUUGCGCUAUAGUUCUUCGCUUAUUGCGCUUUGUAGGCACCAUUACUCACUGCGUAUGUAAUCAGUACAUCGAAAAUAGGUAAGCACGCAACAAGUUUGUGCCUAUUUCUUUCAUUAAUUUUUAUAUUAUAAGAAAAAGAAUGCUUUGGAAACAACUAAAAAAGUGAGUUGUUCUAUAAUUUAUUUCCUUAUGUUUGCAAAGAGUAAGUUUUACUAUAAUUUUUCCCUGUUGUUUCUGUUUCUCUCUCUCGGGAGUGAGCGACUGGCCAGAGAAGACAGCUGUAAUUCAGGUUAUUGUUUUGGUGCAAGCGAGUCAUUUGUGAGUAAAAUAUCUGUUUUUUCGAAUAUGAUGUUCUGUUGGUGUAUGUCCUGAAGCGGUUCCGUCCAGGUAUACAACAGGUUUACAAAGGAUUUCUGAUUUGUAUUGUGUUCGCGUUUUCUUCUUGAAAACCCACAAAGUGAAAAUCUUGCUUUAAUAUCAUCCGUGAUCAUUUUUUCUUUGUCCCGCUUCCAAAAAACCUAUUGCUUUCAAUUAUUCCACUGUCUGAAGUUCACUGAUUAUUUGCUCAAGCUUAACAAGUGCAAGAGACUCUUUAGAAUUUAAUAUACAUAUUGGAAAACUAAGAAUGCCUCUUACAUGUUUUUGGAUAUAUUGAUUGAAAUGGGAUACUUUAGUCUUAUAGUCCACCGGAUUUGACCAGAGGUCAGAGAUCAACAGGGUUAUGGGUUGUUAUAAAAUACCCUCUUAUAUGGGAUUUGAUGUAUAUCCGAAUAAUACUAAAUUAUUGUUUUUAACUCUGGGGUUGCCUUCAACCAAAGGCAUGGUAACUUUGAGGAGCACUUUUCUCCAAGUCUUCUCUGUGGGGACCCUCAAACAAUUCUAUUAGACAAGGUUUGGCCCAAAAUAAUAAUGAUUGCUGCACUUGGCAUGGACACAACAUAAGUUUUCCAAAGUUCUUUUUCAUAGUUCUCCAUGUUUCUAUUGAACAGCACUUUCAAGAAAACAAAGCUCACACAUCAGAGUAAAGAUACAAUUAUAAAAGUUAUUAAUUUUAUUGUUACAUUUUGUUUUUUGUAAAUAAACAUUUUAUUUCUGGUCCUGACAUAAACUACGAGCAAGAGAGCUAUGCAAGUCACGCAGACCAUCAGCAAAAAUAAAGUAAAAACAAGUAAAAACUGCAAAUUUUACAGAUUACAGUUAAGCAUUCUUUUUACUGAUUAGGGUUUAGGUUGGGGUUAGGGUUAUGAUUAAGUGCUGUUUAGGGUUAAACACUUAUUUACCAUGGUUAGCUUUUAGUUAAUUCUUUCGGUAUUACUGUUUUCGAUUUUUAUGUAUUCUUUUCAAUGAGUCGUAUCUGACCUGCAUGACUCGCUGCCACGGCUCGCUGGCUCGCAUAUUAUACACACUCUUAUAUCUCAAAAUCUUGUUUUUUAACACCUUCUUGGACAUGAAAACCAAAAACCAAAGCUUAAUUGAUAUAAUGAAGACAGUAGCAGCUGACAUAGGUUUUCAAUAUGUCUCUCAUGUAUUAUUUAUUAGGGAGGGAUACAUUAAUAUAAAUACUUUUUCAUCGAGAGAAUCUCAAUAAUUUAGGAUUUAUUCAAAUACAAACAUAUUCAAUAUUAUGACAUGAAAUGUGGGCUUAUUGCUCAUGCAAAGGUAUUGAUGGGGGAGAGUGUGGCAUUUUUGCUGUUUCAGAUUGACCUUUGCACAGCACAGGGACUGAACAUAUUAUGUAUUUGGCAUUUGUAAAGUAUAAACAAUAUUUGACGCAAGGGAUUGAACAUUAUGUGAAGAAAAUCUUCACAAGUCUCCACUUCCAUGACUCCUUGCUCAUCUAUCUCCUUUAAAGCCCCUUGAAUAAGGGCCACAGUCUCUUCUAGGGUUGAAUGGUCAUUGAGUGUGAGCUUCCACUCACAAGGUAUAUAAGCCCCCGGUCCAACCUGUUUCCCUCUUACCCAUUUUUGAGAGGGAGGAGGGGCUUUUGUGGUGGUAGGUAAGCCUGUGACCACACUACAAAGAAACAAAAACACAUGUUUGAUUUUACUGAAGAAGGGUUGAAUUUGGACAUUAAAUUUUUUAUUGCAGAGUAACAUGAGACGAAUCUAAAGCAACAUUUUGCCCUCAGAACACAAAUAUGUCGUUCUGAAGAUAUUUAACAUUUGUCUUCCUCGUUCCUUUUCCCAUCUUUUUGGCACAAACGCGACAACAUGUUUGUAAUAUGUCCAGAUGUUUGUCUACAUUUUGGACGGACAUCCUCAUCAAAAUAUAAGAAAUCAAUAUAAGAACCUACUCACACUCAUUCCAUACACAUGAUCUGGAUCAAUAAAGUGAUUUCUAGCUGAGAGUCGCAUACAUUGCCGGUGAACACAACCAAAGACAGACUUGAUCGCUUAUAACUAAAAAUACAUAGACAGACUAAGGCAUAACCAUCAAUAUAGUAACCCUUCCUGUCCGUUGGCAAUUUUCAAUGUGUGGUUACCAUUUUUACUAGGUUGUUACCAUCGAUGAAACUUUGCCUGAACACACCUUACACGUUGUAGUUUUGAGGAAAAUUAGUCUUGAUUUCGUAAAAAUUCGGCAAGAUACUGAAAACUAAACAUAAAGACAUGUACUUACAUUCGAUGCCCGUCAGUGGCGGCGACGUCUUCGAACGCUGUUCGAUAACUGUCGAUUUUAACUACCGUAAUGCGGCACGAAACUGCUCUUGACAUUCAAAAAGCAAGGAAAAGGCUUCUUCAUCAGCACUGCUAGCUCGGAAGUCCCAGAUAUUGAACGAGUGGACCUGGAACAGGCUUUAAAAAAAGCUCCCUUGUUUGUGGCAAUUAUUUUUUCCCAUUUUUGCGUAUUUUUAGCAGAACAAUGGAAUCAUGACGUCAUCGCUUCUUCCAAAACUGGCAUACUCCCGAACUGUUUAGGCGAUCGCAUUGUUGACAAGUUAACCCUGCCUUAGUGAUCUCUUCUUAGCCUUGAUGUCAGUGAUCUCUGUAGAAAAUGUGGUUGUUAAAACCUUAUUAGUACUUAAUUUUAACUUCUAAUUGAUAAUUCCGCAAUUUUGGAGGGUCAGUAUUUUGCGUGGCUUUAUUUUCGCAAUGUAAAUUGGCAGAUAUGAAAAAAGAGCAAUACAUUUCUCGAUUCAAGCGUUUUCAACUUCUUUUUUCAGUGGAACCCCAUUUAUACGGUCACCAAUUGGCCAAAAAAUAUUGGCCAUAUUAAAUGUAUAGCCAUUUUGCCAGAUGGCCAAAAUAAAGUGGCCAUAAUAAUGAAGUGACCGUAUUUGGAAUAUUUGUGGAUAAACUGAAACAGCCAGAUGAAGGCUACAUUGUCCACUCCUUUUGUGAAAUUUUUGCACAUUAACCUUUUUCUACAAAAGAAGAUAAAAAAUGGAACUCAUCAGUAAUUCAUGUACCAGUCAAUAGUUAUUAUCUAUCCUGUAUACAUGUAUGUUAUGUUUUUUAUUUAAUUUAAAUUUUAGGCUCCUUGAUUUUUGCAUGUUUAAAUUUCACAAGGAUUUUUAUUUGUGGGUUUAAGUACCAAUAGGGUAUGCAGUGGUUGAGGAACUUCCUUUUUUAGUCUAUCUUGUUCAUUGCUCUACGCUUGAGCAAGGUAUUAAAAGCUGCAAUAAAUACCUGAGGUCUCUAUUAGCAUGAUAAUAUUUUUUUUCCUAUUUACAGCAAAAACUUGUGAAACUUGGUCAGAAGAAGGCCAUCAUAAAGGAGAUUCAAGUCAAUGGUGGCAAGGAUGUUGCAGAAAAAGUUGACUGGGCUCGUGAGCGCCUUGAAAACCCUGCACCUGUGCGCAAGGUCUUUGCAAAGGAUGAGAUGAUUGAUGUGAUUGGUGUAUCUAAGGGUCAUGGGUUCAAGGGUGUGACAUACCGUUGGGGUACCAAGAAGCUGCCACGCAAGACCCACAAGGGUCUGCGCAAGGUUGCUUGUAUUGGUGCGUGGCAUCCUGCUCGCGUUUCAUAUUCUGUUGCCCGUGCUGGUCAGUUUGGAUAUCACCACCGCACUGAAAUCAACAAGAAAAUCUACCGCAUUGGUCGUGGCAUCCAUACCAAAGAUGGCAAAGUUAUCAAGAACAAUGCCAGCACAGAGUAUGAUCUAACAGACAAGUCCAUUACUCCAAUGGUGAGUUUUGAUAUUAUUUUUGUAAACUUACGGUUGACAGAUCUACUGUGUAGGAUGCCUUGGUAAGAUUCAUGCAGCAUAUUAUAGUGGAGACAGGUUGUCUCACAAAAAUUAGCAAACCUUGCAGAGCAUUCCUGUCCUCAUGCAGAUUUGGGUGAAGUGAGCAUUUUUUAAGGUGGUCCGUCAGGCUUUUUUUUUUUUUAAUUCAGAUCAUGUGUUGAACUCAAUAAUCGCUUAUUUACUUUAAUUUUUAGGGUUCCUUCCCUCACUAUGGUGAAGUAAAUGAAGACUUUGUCAUGCUCAAGGGUUGUACUGUGGGCAAAGUGAAGCGCGUACUGACUCUUCGCAAGGUAAUGGUUCAGUUAUUAUUGUAGAUAUUGACAAGCCUUGUAUUCUUAAGUUAAGAACCUUACUGUUAAUGCAGUCUUCCUGUUGAUGAGAAUUUGCAUUAUUAUCAUUAUUAUUUUUGUUAUCAAGGAAUGUAUGAAUUUCAUUUAUUGGAACUGCAGUAUGAAGAAAUAAAUGUAAAGAACAUCAAAGCAGUCUUCUCACCCUGUAGUUAUUGAAAUUCGUAUAAAAAAUUAUUCAUUAUCACCAGGUAAUCUUUAUUACAAACCAAAUGAAUAUACAGUGUAGGUGGCUUGCUAGCUCAGUUGGUUAGAGCAGUGCGCUGGUAUCGGGGAGGUUAGGGUACGAAUCCGAGGGAGCCUGGAUUUUUUUAGGGGAUUUGAAUCAGUUGGAAACGGACAAAUAUUAUUAAUGAACAAUAUUAUUGUUAUUACUGAGUUAAUUUUGUGAUCUUUGGGAUGAUGUUUGCUUGUAUUUAAACUGUGGUGUUCUUAGUAUUUCUACAUUUCUACAUUAUUGGUUCAAUUUUAUCAAGUCCAACAAAUCUAAAGCCCUCACAAUUGACUGUAUGUUAUCUUCUACAGUCACUUCUUGUUCAAACAAGCCGUGUUGCCCAGGAGAAGAUUGAACUCAAGUUCAUCGACACUUCGUCCAAGUUUGGUCAUGGUCGCUUCCAGCAUCCGGCCGAGAAGAGGGCUUUCAUGGGUCUCCUCAAAAAGGAGCGUGAGAGGGAGCUAACUGCUGGUGCUGAAUAAACUUGAUUAUGAGAUCAAUAAAGUUAUUCUGAAUUUACGAAAUGUCGUUCUUGUAAGCUACAUUGUCAUGCGUUAAACUAACGGUGCUUUAUAUUUGUCAGAACUGGCAGGCCAGACCAGUCCAAUAGUUAGGAGAAUGCCACUAUCAAUCAGGACUUUUGGCUAUCCAGCCAGAUCAGUUAAUUCCUAAAUGGUACGCACUGCAGUGAUGGGUUUUGGUAAUAAUUUCAAGAAAAGACUAAUAUUCAGUUUCAUCUUUAAACUGGCUUGCCCGUAUAGCUAUUUGUGAAUUUUGGUAAGCGCUUAAGUCUUCCACAGCAAAUUUGAGAUUGGUUUAAACAAAAGCAGAAAUACCCAUCCCAAGAGAUCAGUGUAAAAUGAACACGUGUCGUAUGUGCCGUCAGGCGUGGAUGGUUACGUGGUGUUGCGGUGGGGUGCAGUGACCAAUUGACGUAAUAUUGAAAAGACAUUGAACAGAACCAACACCACAUCACAAAAGGGAACCAACAAUAGUUUCGCAACACUAAGAAACACCUCAAUAGUGCUUUAUCGCGACGUAAGAGACUGUCUUUGUCUAG